AUGCAGAAGCCCCUUCCGCAAAAAGGCCCAUCGCAUAGGCCAGCUGUCCCGAGGAUUCUCCGGCCACAGAGCCAGGAGAUCGUUGCACUUACUAAUAUCUUUCUUCUCCAGGAGUCGGCCUUGUUCUCCGAGACCUAUGGGUUUACACCCAACAGCUACACCUUUCUGAAGGGGUCUCCCCGUGAGAAGGCCUGCGUUAUGCACUUUUUGCUGAUGAUAGCCGAUCGCCACGAAGCCCAGCAGCAGUUCGCCUUUCUUAAGCCAGAAAAGGGCUCCAAUUUGAUACAUUUUAGGACCUGUGAGCUGUCUCUUUUUCGCGAUAGAGCAUACGUCAUUGCCUCUGCCUUGAGCAACAUGGCUGGCUUUGAAGUUGUGCCCCGGUCGGAGUUCCUAGGAUUCUCGGCGAAGUACAUGAACAUGGUGUUUCGCCUUUCUAUUUACUGCGUACGUGAGCAGAGUAAGCGUCUUUUGCGGCGCUUAUCCUCUGUCGACCUCAGUGCAAUGGCUGAUGGCACAGAUAUAGACCAGGCCGCGAAAGAAAACCUUUCUGGCACAACGUUUUUCGACGAAUCUUUGAACAUGCCUGUGAAUUCGCCGCUAAUCCGUCAAGUGAGCAUUGCGGCAACUGGAAGCUCGUCCAGCAGCGCGAGAUUGAACUUUUCUCCGGGGCAAUUGGUUCCAUACUGCAGUACGCAGAUUAGCCUCGCUUUGGAAGAGCUUGAUGUUGAAGCCUUAUUGGCUAAAAGGAUCUCAGACAUAUACAGAGAGCUUCUAAACGCUGAAAAGGAUCAAGCCUGCUAUGAGAGUGUCAUCCGAUGUCUUGCAAAGCAUAACUAUGAGGUAACAACACCGGGUCCAGAGAGUGUGCCUCGUCCUCGCGUUCCUCCAAACAUUGGGGAUGCACUACGUUUUCUGCAAGCCCUCAGCAAGGAGCUCCAAGACAUUCCACUCGAUGCAUACACUUUCCUAAGGCAGCUAGGGAACACCCAGUCUCCUGGCUUACAGUUAGAAGAUCAGAGCGCUGAGGUAACGUACCCAGAGGUACAUCUUUCACAGCUUCGGGAGCUUUACAAAACACAAGUUCAGCCAUCUUCUGUUAACUUUCCGUUAAUCUGCGCAGGAGCUACGUCUCUAUUAAGAAGCGCACUUUCCGAUGAAACCCUCCAUAACAUAAACCAGAGGCUUUUCUCUUGUCCUCGUGUAGACGUACCAGACCAUGUGUCGCCAAAUCGCAAUUAUGAGGAGCAGCUUCUGGGCGUUCAGAGCUCAAUAAAGGCACUUCAGGCGCAAAUAACAGCUUUACGAAAGGACUCUAACUCUAGUUUACAGCCGCCAGAUACAACCGUGAAGGACGCGUUCACAGAGGCCAUUCUCCAGGCACUUGGAGACACCGAGAACGCAAGCUCAAGCGUUGGCAACCAGCAUUGCAUCGAGGAUAACAGGACCAUAAGAGAUCCACGCAUUGCAGAUAAAGAGCGGCUGCGGAUGUCGCUUCGUGCAACAACAAGAACCCAGGAAAUAGACAAGCUCUCAUCUCGACUGCACAAGACAUUCUCCGGCGGAAAACAGGUUAUCCCCGUUUCUACAUUCGUUGCAGAUGGCACAGAAGGCCGUCUCUCUAAUACCGUAUAUCUUGGGGACGAGUAA